AGUGAAAAUAAAAAUUUACGUUUCGCAUUCAGAACUUUUCAUGUAAGUAGAAUGUCUAAUAGCGACGAAGUUCAAAAGGCACAGCAAGCUCAACCCGGUGGUGAUACCAUUUUUGGGAAGAUUCUCCGAGGUGAAAUUCCUUGCAAGUUUAUUUAUGAAGAUGAUGAGUGUGUAGCGUUUCAUGAUGUGGCACCUCAAGCACCAGUUCACUUUCUUGUAAUUCCUCGAAAGCCGAUACCACAACUUUCGAAGGCUUCCACAGAAGAUGAGAAACUUUUAGGACAUCUGAUGCUUGCUGGAAAGAAAGUUGCCGAAACUUUAGAUUUGAAAGACGGUUAUCGUGUUGUUAUCAAUGAUGGUAAAUUAGGAUGUCAGAGCGUUUAUCAUCUUCAUUUGCAUUUCUUAUCUGGACGUCAGUUGGGUUGGCCUCCUGGUUAAAGCAUUUUCUUUAUGCUUUUAUAUUUUCUAUGAUUCUAAAUGCUGAAUAAAGAAUAAUAAUAAUAAAAUUAAAUUUAG